AGUAAGCAGUUGUACUUUCGGACACACGAUAGUCGGUCACAUACACACAUACUGCGCGAGAGGCUUUGCGGUAUUUAUCCGAAGGAAGAUUAGGGGUUGCUUACGUAUAUGGAAAGCUUUCUCCGAUAAACUGACACACAAUUCAGGCAUGUGAAUAAGUACGUCAAAAAUCCAAGAUAACCAAGUACACAAUACACGAAGUGGGGGCUUUUUUUAAAUCCGUCCUACUGCAGUAGUCUGUCGAUGUCGUCGUUGUUGCAAGGGGCUGUAUACGAUAGUACAUAGGCAACUGCACACGGUGGGCAGAAGAAGAAAAAGAAGAAGAAGGUGUGCACGCACACACGCAUAGACACAUACGUAGGCACACAUCGCGAACUGCGAACGAAGGCCGCGUAGUCGAUAAAGGUGACUCGACCGAGCGCGAGAAGCUCCAUACGCAGCUUGCGGAUCGCGUGACACGCAGCAGUGUUCCGCGCGUGUACCUCCUCGUCAGUUACAAGUUUAAAUGUCUCGGAAAAAUUGAGAAAAUUGAAUAAACGACCGGAAAAUUAAUGAAGGUGUAAAAAUUACUAAAAAUGGAGCCACGACUGAUCUCAUCGGUGAUUGUGUUUUCAUUAAUUUUAACGCUAGUUAGGAUAAUUCAUUCGGAAGAUUUAGGUAAGGAUUAUGCGGUCAACGAUUUGUACAGACAAGAAGCUUUCGAGAAGAUAGAAAAGAUUCUGGGCAUUCGCGGGAAGAUCGAUGAAGACAAACUAAUAGAGAGUCCCCCGCAGUUCAUGGCGGAGCUUUACGAUGCAGUGACUGACAAGGACGGGGCAGUGAUAGCGAGUAAUCCUUAUAACGCGAGAAUCGUGCGGAGCAUUCGAGAAAUCGGCGCCCAACUCGACAGUUCAACGCCGCCUCAUUUUUACUAUUUCAACGUGUCGCAUUUGAAUCCGAACGAGUACAUUAUCGAAGCAGAGCUGCACUUGUACCUCAAAAAUUCUAGAUCGUCUCUUGGACAUUUGUGGCCCUUUUACGACAUCAGAGUUUAUCAAGUUUUGCCGGACGGUAGCUUGAACGAGCCCGAGGCGCAUAAAUUGUUGAGUAUUCAUCACGCCGAUGCUCGAGCUUCGUCGGGCUGGCACAUACUGAAAGUGAAACGAGCAGUUUUAUCGUGGCUGCGCAAAAACGAGCCGAAUCUCGGUCUCUUACUCACGGCGCAGAGCAUCGACGGUCAUCCGAUAAAGCUCGACUCUGCUCGACACGGCAGCGAAGUCGCGAACGACAAGCAGCCACUCAUGGUGCUUUUUAACGACGACGAGCAUCGAAAUCGAGUACAAAUUCCACCAUCGGAUAGCGUAGUAAGGCAUAAAAGACAUCAGCAGCUGGAGCACACUUCCUCGAUUCGACGUCGAGCCGCCUACGCUCGACGACGCGAGGGUCAACCGGAGAUGGUAGACGAUUCGAUGACGGCUUGGCAUCGCGAUAAACCGAUAUUCUUCAGCAGGCAGAAGAAACCGCGUAAGAUGCGUCAAAGAAACAGAGACGGCGGGUACAGCGACGAUCUCGCUGCUUAUCACGAUUCUCACGAUUUCGUAUCCCGACGGAAAAGCGUGGACCAGUCGCUUACAUCAAUGAGCAUCUACCAGCGAGCCAUGACGCGCGAAAAAAUGCGGACCAACGGUAAUAAAAAAUCGUCCACCGCCGACGAGAUCGGUAGUAGAGGAACGAGAUCGAGAAGGUCGUCGACGAUGAUUAGGCCGGCGAGACGCGAUACGACGAGCGCGAGAGAAGAGGAAGAGUCAUCGUCGUCGUCGUCUUCGCUGGAUUGCGGCAGUGGAUCGUCAUCGAACGACGAGCCGUGCGCCAAGCGAGAUCUCUGGGUGGACUUUUACGGGAUCGGUUUGACGUCGAUCAUAGCCCCGUUGGGAUACGAGGCUCGACGCUGCGCGGGACACUGCCGAUCGCCGCUCAGCCAGGACCAGAAGCCCACCAAUCACGCCACUAUACAGAGCGUCGUGCACAAGAUGAAUCUCAUACCGGAGCAGAGAGUCGAUCUGCCCAGCUGCGUACCGGUCCAUCUGGCGGGCAUCUCGAUUCUCUAUCAGGACGACGAGACCGGCCAGGUGACGCUGAAAAAUUACGACGACAUGAUCGUCGUGAGCUGCGGGUGUCGUUGACUCGCGACCUGAUUCGUUGAUAUGCAUGUAGUCAAUUUGUUACGCGCGUAUACAUUAAUUUCAUUUGCGAUCGAUUUUCAAUCAAAGUUGUAAAAUAACGAUAUCGAAAUUGAGUAAGACGACAUUUCUUGUCGAUCUUAUAUCAUAAUAACUUUCCGAUAUGUACGGUGUGUUUACAUAAUUUGUGACGUGCGACUCGUAUCGGCCAUGUGGUAUACUAUUAUACGACCGUUGUCAUCUUGAAGCAGAUCGAUCCCUCGUCGUUUACGCAUCGAUUUAAAAGACUGAAAUGUGCGAUGAAAAAGUGGCAUGAGAAAAGUAGAAGUAGUGUCAAUCUUGAUUUU